UUUCACUUUCACUUUCACUUUCGCAGCUGCGCCAAGGAAAAGAAAAGAAGAUGUCUCGAUUCCCAUGUAUGCACUACUCGAUCAUAUCCCGAACCAAAACACUCUCUUGAUUUCUUCCUGAAACCACCACACACACGUCCAUCAGCAGCUCGCAAGCUCGGCUGGUACGCAGGCACACCAUGCGGCGGCUCAGCGACGCAGGGGAGGCCACGCCGCUCGUCACCCCCGCGGCGGCCGCGGCGGCGGGCGGCACCUUGGCGUCGCCGGCCGCUGCGGGGAGCAACGCCAACUUCGACGCCAACAUGGUGAUCAUCCUCGCCGCGCUGCUCUGCGUUCUCAUUUUCGCGCUCGGGCUCAACUCCGUCAUCCGCUGCGUGCUCCAGUGCGGCCGCCGGCUCGCGCCGUCGUCGAGCCUCGCGGCCAGCGCCACCGCGGCGAGGACGACGACAUCCGUGCACGUGCAGGCGGGGCUCAAGAGGAAGGCGCUGAGGAAGAUACCCGUGGAGGUGUAUGGCGGGGCCAAGUCUUCCGGCGGCGCCCUCCCGGCCACGGCCACGGAGUGCGCCAUCUGCCUCGGCGAGUUCGCCGACGGCGAGAAGGUGCGCGUGCUCCCGCGGUGCCACCACGGAUUCCACGUCCGCUGCAUCGACAUGUGGCUCGCCACGCACACCUCCUGCCCCAACUGCCGAGCCUCGCUCGCUGAGGACGGCGCCGCCGCUGCCAACGGCGGAGGGAGAUAGCGCCGGACAGGCCGGUGACACAGCGUUGGGAAGUGUGGCAACAGGCGCCGGAGCAGGUGGACCGGUGAGGUGGUGCAGCUUGGGAGGCGCGACGGCGGCCGUCUCGAUGAGGCGGGGAAGCGAAGGCGGGCAUCCUAGCGGCGGCGGCUGGCAUGGUGGAGCGGGGAACCGGAGGCGGCCGUCCUAGCGGUGGCAUGGUGACGCAGCGGAGAGGAGCGACGGAGGGGCAACACGGCGGUGCAGGGCACACAUCCUGAACUUUCAUGCGGGUUUUUACUCGUCAAAUUAUACGGAAAGGGCUAUCUUUUCAUGGUUAAGGGAAGGUGGGGGUGUUUUUACGGGAUCCUUUAAAAUAUUUCUAGAUUUAUGGGAGCUAUUGGAGUUGCUCUUAGUGUGUUUGUCAGCGGUACGUCUGACUAUUUAUAAGGGUGAUGCCAACAGA